CACAGACCUAUUUCCCCUUCUUUAUUUGCAAAGUCCUUCUUCUCCUGUGGGGUUGAGAAUUGUUCUCCUCGAUCUCUUGGCGAUAGAUAUACGGCUCUUUUCAUAUGGAGCUAUAUUGUAAGAAGCUUCAUAACUGAUCGGAUUUUCUCAAGAUUGAUCCUACCUACCUUUACUCCUACAAGCUUCCAAACACGCCACCACAUACAUACGUUAAUAGCUCAAAGGAGCUCAUAUAUUUCAACAUGACUACUCUCGAAAAUAGUACCGUCACUUACGAGCAGCUCGCCGAUAUUGAGCGCGAGUUUGAGGAGGUCGAGACCGAAAUUCUCCGCCAACAAUAUGAAAUGUCACGCCCCCUCUAUGAGAAGCGGCAGGCUCUCGUCUCCCAGAUCCCCAACUUCUGGGCCCUGGUGAUGGAGGCCGCGCCGCCCGAGAUUGACGAGCAUAUCCAGCCUCUCGACUCGGCCGUGCUGCUGUCGUCUCUCAUGUCCAUCUCGGUGCGCCGGUUCGAGAUCGAGGACGGCGGCAAGGGCGACCCGCGCAGCGUGGCCAUCCGCUUCGAGUUCACCGAAAACGACUACUUCGAGGACAAGGUCCUGGAGAAGAAGUUCUGGUACCGCUACUCGGACGACUACACCGGCCUGGUCAGCGAGCCCGUGGCGAUUCAGUGGAAGGAGGGUAAGGACCUCACCGACGGCCUGCUGACCGCGGUCAAGAAGGUGUGGGACGAAGGGGAGGGCCCCCAGCAGAAGAAGGUCGGCAAGGGCAAGAAGGAGAGGAAGCCCCUGACGGCCGCGCAGCAGGCGCUCAAGGAGAAGAUGGAGUCGAUGAGCCUCGGCGGCGUCUCCUUCUUCGCCUGGUUCGGUUUCGUCGGCGCGCGCAUCUCCGCGGAGGAGAGCAAGGCCAAUCUGGAGAAGGAGAGGGAGCACGCCAGGCUGCGGUCGGAGGGCAAGGAGGUGCCCAAGGACGAGGAGGAGGAGGAGGAGGAGGAGGAGGAGGAGGGGGAGGAUGAUGAGUUCGAUGACGACGAUGACCUUGAGAUCUUCCCCGAGGGAGAUGACCUUGCGCAAGCUAUUGUUCUGGACCUUUGGCCUGAUGCGCUUAGGUAUUUCAGUACGUUGUUUAUCGCGUCCCCUUCUCCCUCCUCUCCCGCUUCGUCUUAGGCUCUCUCCUGGCGGUGCAUUAUGAAAUGAUGGGGGCUAACGUCGGGUGUCUUUUCCCCUCCUCUGUAGCGCAAGCACAGGAGCAGGAGCAGAUGGCUAGUGAUAUGGAGAUUGAGUCUGAUGAGGAUGAGGAUGAUGACGAGAGGCCGUCUAAGAAGCAGAGGGCCUAAGAUGAGGGCGAGAUGGAAAGAAACAAAAAUGAUCAACCAUAAAAUUAGGCGUGAAUGCGAGAGCAAGCGAGGAUUGACGAGAGAGGCACUGGAGCAGA